ACAAAAACUGAUCUUGAGCAACUUGUGACUAAACUAACUGGUUCUAUGCACAGAUUCAUUGUGCCAGCAUUCUUAUAAGAAAUUAUGACAGUCUGCUCUGCUCUGUAAGUUUGAAAGCAGAACAAAAGUUUUCAAAUUGAAAGUUGGAGGUUAGGUGACGUGCAUCAUAGCAGAGGAGGGAUCUGUUGAAACAUUGGAUCCGCCUAACCAACCUGACAAUUGCAGUUUCAAUAGCAGUCUGUAAAUUUGGACCGACAAACGUGCAGAUACUGGAAGCAAGAUGAGUUCGAACGAUGAAGAGAAGAGCGCGCCAGGUCGCCGCGAGAGGUUGAGGAAGAAGUGGGAGGAGACGAAGAAGAUUAUUUGGAACAGCGAGAAGAAGGAAUUUUUUGGACGGGGAGGAAGAAGUUGGGCGAGAAUAGUGGUGUACAACUCCUUUUAUUACCUCGGGGUUGCCGGCUACUUUGCUCUGUGCUUUGCAAUAUUUUCAACAUCAAUCAACAAAGAUAUACCGACUCUAAGAAAUUAUAUUAGCGCCCUCAAGUACAGUCCCGCACUCAACUUUUACCCGCGACCAACCAGCGAUUCAACUCUGCUCAGGAUGAAAAUGAACGAUACGAACAGUUACAACACCUACGUUCAAAUGAUCUCAUCGCAAAUUCAAGCUUACAGCAACAUGUCAGAAAGUAACGCCAUCAACAACCGCAACAACGUCACGUUAAAUUGUGUCGAUGGUGUCGUCGCCACGUACGGCCAGGCGUGUUCCUUCGACCUUCCCAGCUACCUGGACACCACACCUGCCAACAUCCUGGUGCCCAGCAACAACAGCAAUAACUGCUGGCAGGAUGGAGACAUAUCAUCAUUCGGAUAUUCAGAGGGAAGUCCCUGCGUCAUGCUCAGGAUCAACAGGAUUUUUGACUGGGACCCGAAGCCUCUGACCUUCGACAAGACUAACUACGGUUGCGACGGUAGCAAGGAUACGUCGAAGGCCUGUGAGUUUGAGAAGGUUUCAAGUUAUCUGAAGUCAGGAGUGGCCGAGGGGUACAUUCCUGUCAGUUGCGAGGGAGAAUCCGAUCAAGAUGCAGAUUACCUGUUGAACGCCACUUUCAAUCCUCCAUACGGAUUUCCUGUCUCUUUUUUCCCCUACUUCAAGCAACCAAGUUACACCUCCCCUCCCGUCAUGGCUCAAUUGACAACAGUCCCUGGGGUUCUUGUCAUGGUCUGGUGCAGGUUUUGGACCAAUUUUGUCAAACAUGACGUCACUGAUCAUCAAGCUAGUGUGCACAUAGAAGUCUACGUUGAUGGAAAGAAAGAUUCACCUACAACUUCAACGGUAGUUGAAGUAGCCACAACCAACAUUAAACCUUCUUCCACCACCGUAGUUGAAGUGCCUACAACUGCCAUUAAACUUGCUGCUAACACCACUGUAGUUGCUGCUCCGACUACAGCAUCUGUUCCUAUAACAGUAAUAGGCAACAUAACCACAAACGCCACAGACCAAACUGCUUCUACUACUCCGGCCAGUAAAGCAAAUGGAAACGCCACAAACAGCAAUCUUUGAAAUUUCUUCCAUAAUUAGUGCAUGUGGAAUAAUUAAUGGACAUAUAAAUUAGGUUGUCCUCAAACAUAUUUAGCAGCAAUAUCAUCUCAUUCAAUUCGAUUUAUGUCGAUGCAUGCUCGUUCAAUAAACGGUUAUUGUAUAUUUUAAAUUUUUAUUCAUUUUAAAAAUAUUUUUGAUUUUAAUAGUUCUUUUAUAUUCAUUCUAAAUUGCAAAUUUUAAACAAAAUAAAAAAAAGAGAAAAAAGUUUUUUUUUCAAAAAUAAUGUAAUUUAUUGAUUUUCUAGAUUUCCUUGACAUUUAGGUACUUCAUUUUUCACUUUCAGACAUAAUAUCUUCAUAUGCAUUUAAUAAUAAGAAACCGCUAUAACUUAUGUUUUCAUGUAUGCUUAAUUAAAAAUUUUAUAUGUUACAAACAGUUAAUCGAAAACUUCAUUUAAUAACGUAUUAUUUUAAUACACUUACAUUACGUGCAUAUUAAUAUCAGUGUUUCCAACAACCUCUGACUAAUUUAAUGUUUUCUGACUUGAGCCAAUGGCGUCCAGAAAUUUUAUUGCCAAUGAACUUUUGUAUUUUUUGUCUAAUAAUUUCGGAUUAUUAAAUGAAAAUACAUAUGUU